CGAAGGUGAUCAUUAUACACAUGGGACGGAUUUAUUUUGAUUGUAAAGUUCGAAUUUCAAAGAAAUAUAACUCCAAUUUGAAGUUCCGCGUUUGAACUGAACUUCAAACGACCGCAUUCAUCAGGAAUUUUAUAACAUAUUGGUCUAAGAAGACAUUUGCCAAGACGUUGUUUGUCCGUAUCGCUGCUCUUCAAAAAUUGAAGCAGCUUCUUGCUGAGUGACUUAGGAAUGUCGAGAUAGCAAAAUUUUCAAUCUAAAUGCUGUUCUAGAACUACCAUCAGUGAGGAAUUACCCACUCAUGUAUCGAGAAAAUACCUUCAAUUUUCGUCAGCUUGAUAAUAAUUUCAAGUGGAAGACAUUUUCUAUUGCYCUUGUGGUUCUUCUAUGUUAUGCAGGGACARCCGAAGCUGCUUGUGACUGUGGGGUAGAAUGUCCUUGCGAUAAAACGAAUUGUACUGCUGGGACUUUUUGGCAGACUUCUGCAUGUGUUCAAUGUCCAGCCGGUCAUUUCUGUAUAGGAGGAUCUGAUUCAGCUACCCCAUGUAAUGCUGGUACUUCUAAUCCAUCUCCUGGUGCAUCAAAUGAUUCCUUUUGCAAGGCUUGUGCAUCUGGUUCUAAUAGUACAGCAGGGUCAGUAUCCUGUACUCCAUGCCCUGCAGGUUAUAGCUGUUCUGGUGGUACAGCAACACUUUGUGCUGCUGGCAAAUACUCUCUUUAUGGAGAAGGUGUAUGCAAAGAUGUGGAUUCUUUUCAAAUUGCUGCUGCUCCCAAUAUGCUACCUGAGUAUUGYGAUGGCGGAUAUGAGCCUGAUGCCUCAAAAACUAAAUGUAACCCUUGUCCAGCUGGAAAGUAUGCUUUCAAUGGUUCUUCAACAUGCCAAACCUGUCCAUCGGGUCAUUUUAGCUUGGGUGGAGCUGUGAAGUGUACAAUCUGCCCAGAAGGAUAUCAAUGCUCCAACAAAUCUAUUGCACCAGUAAGAUGUUCUUCAGGAGAGUAUGCCUCAGAAGGACAAGAUAGCUGUACGCCUUGUGAAAAAGGUUUCUACUGUCCAAACACUAUCCUUGGUGCUCCCAUACCUUGUCCCAAUGGAACUUACACUUCAAGCAYAGGACAGACAUCAUGUUUGGCCUGCAAUGCAGGAAUGUACUGUCCUUUUAGUUCUCAAGAAGAAAAAUCAUGUCCAAAUGGGACAUAUAGUAAAUCUGGUUCAACAGUCUGCACUGAAUGCCCUGCUGGACACAAAUGUCCUGACAAAGCUGCUGAUCCUGAGCCCUGUCUCAAGAAAACRUAUUCUCCAACAAGUCAGAUGACCUGCACAGCAUGCCCUAUYGGAGGAGAAUGUCCAACUGACAAACUAUCUAAUUACAUCCCAUGUUCUUCAGGGAAAUAUUCUGACACUCUAGGAAGUGUUUCWUGUAUCUCUUGUCCUGCUGGAUCMAAAUGUCCAGAURUUAAAGGUCCUCCAGUGGUUUGUGAAGAUGGGUACUACAGUAAGGGAGAUUCAGCAGUGUGUACAGUAUGYCCAGAAGGUCAUAGCUGUGCCAAUAAGUCAAAAGAUCCAGACCCAUGUCAGCCAGGAAGUUAUGCGCCAUCAGGUAAAAUGGGAUGCUUACCGUGUCCAAUAGGAUCACAGUGUCCUUCAUCAACGCUAUCUAAACACAUACCAUGCUCCAACGGCACCACGGCAUUAGCUGUCAAUCAAACAUCAUGUGAUACUUGUCUUGCUGGAUCCAAGUGUCCUGAUGCUACAAAGUCACCUAUUACAUGUGAAGAUGGUUAUUUCAGUAAGGCUGGAGCUUCAGAAUGUAUAAUAUGCACUGGAGGUCACAGGUAAUAUUAUUGUAGAAAUUGAAAUUUAAUAWAUGUCUUAUAUAGCUAUGUUUAAUGAUUUGGUCAGACU